GCGUCAUUUUCACUGCCAUGGCAAACAACAAGCAGGACAAGCAGACGCGGCGGAACGAAGCCAAGGCGAAGCGGCGCAACAAGUCCGCGUGCUCCGCUUCUUCGUCCAUCUUGAACAAUGCGUUACGCACCCAACAGGCAAAGCAAGUUGUUGCACCGGGCGUGGCACCGCCGAAACUCUCGGCCGCCAAAUCCCUCGCCCGGCAACAGAUGAAGCUGAAACAGAAAGAACUCCGCGCCAACCUGGUCAACCGGAACCGCGGCAUGUCAAACAUGCCGUCGAACUUGACCAAGACGAAGAUGAGCCUCGAGUCGCUCGUCGGACAGGCGGCAAGCGCCAGCACUAGCUUUGCUGAAGCCGAGCAGGAACGCCAGGCCACUGCCGAAGCGAACGAGUUCGUCAAGGAGAUCGACCUUAACGAUAACUCCCGCAAGGCGUACAUGCGCGAGUUGAAAAAGGUGGUGGACCGCGCUGAUGUAAUUCUUGAAAUCUUAGACGCGCGGGAUCCGAUGGGCUGCCGGACAAUCGACAUGGAGGACUUGAUGCGAACCAAGGGAAAGAAAGUGGUUCUAGUCCUGAACAAGAUUGAUCUCGUGCCUCCCGAGGUGUUGCAGCCCUGGUUGGCGUAUCUGCGCACGUUCUACCCAACGAUUGCGUUCAAAGCGUCGACGCAAGACCAGAAAACCAUUUCGUCGAGCAGCGGCGGCGGCAAAGGCGAGAAAACGAAUGGCAAAAUCAUCGCAGGCAGCCGCGCCGUCGGCACCGAGCCCCUCAUGCAGCUCCUCAAGAAUUAUUGCCGAAGCAACAACAUCAAGACGUCCAUCACGGUCGGCGUCAUCGGGUACCCAAACGUCGGCAAGUCUAGCGUGAUCAACUCGUUGAAGCGAAGCAAGGCCGCGAGCGUGUCAUCGACUGCCGGCCACACUAAAGUGAUUCAAGAAAUCCAUCUCGACAACAAAGUCAAACUCAUCGACUGCCCUGGGAUCGUGUUCGACACCCAUGACCAAGACGCGCUGAUUCUUCGCAACUGUGUGAACGCCGAGUCCCUGAACGACCCGGUCCCAGCCAUCGAGGUGAUUCUGAAGCGCUGCUCAAAGGCACAACUCCAAUCGUUGUACGGAGUUCCUCCCUUCAACGACACGAUCGAGUUCCUCGUCCACUUGGCCCAGAAACUCGGGAAGCUCGGAAAGGGUGGAAUCCCCGACCGAAAAGCCGUUGCACGCAGCAUUCUCCAGGAUUGGAAUCGCGGCAAAAUCCCGUUCUUCACACCUCCUCCAGCAGCCAAAGACACACGGUUGGACGUUGGUGCCACGAUAGUCUCCUCGUUCGGCGACGAUUUUGAUCUGGCGGCGUUGAAUCCGACCGUCGAACACCUGCAAGACGAGGACGACAACGAGGAUGAGAACGAUAUGGACGUUGGACCAGUCUGCAGUGUCACUCUGAGCCAAAAGAACGCAGAGUCGAAGGGGCGUGCGGCAUCGAUUUACGAUGGACUUGAUUCGGAUGACGAUGACUCGGACAAUGACGACGACGAGUCCGACGAUGAGACGUCGAUGCAGACCGGAGGAGUCGUCCGACCAAAGUUCAAGGAAGAUGCUCUGAAUAUCCCGACUGCCCUCAUCGCACGACGAAGAGCGAAGGCGUUGCGGAAGCAAAAGCGCAAGGCGGCCGCACACCAAAUCAGCGCUGCAGUCGAAGAUGAAUUUUGCGACAUCUUGGACAAUAUCGACAUGUCUGGUUAAUAAUAUUCAGUAUAUGGUAAUUUUUGUUCGCA